UUCAUAAUUGUCCUAAAACAUAUCGCUUCCCAAAUUCCAAUUCUCUACCAUGGCUGCUGAUCAUACUAAAAUCCUGUUCGUUUGGCUUUCCUUCAUCAUCCCAUUUAUCUUUACCAAGCUAGCAGAAGCUGACAAUUAUAUUGUCCAGAUGGACCUAUCAGUCAUGCCCACCUUUUCCGGCCAGCAAAGCUGGUACUUGGCCACCCUUGCAUCUUUAUCAGCCAACUGGAGAGCUAACACCAAUGCAGCAAUUCCCUCUUCUAAACUUAUCUAUACUUAUAACCAUGUUGUUCAAGGUUUUAGCGCAAGUCUCACACCGGCAGAGCUUGAGGCCUUGAAAAACGCUCCAGGGUAUGUUUCUUCCAUUAGAGAUAGAACUGUCAAGGUUGAUACCACUCAUUCUUUCAAAUUUCUAGGCCUGAAUUCCGACACAGGUGCGUGGCCGGUGUCAAAUUUUGGCAAAGAUGUCAUUAUUGGGGUGAUUGAUACAGGGGUUUGGCCAGAAAGCGGAAGCUUUAAUGAUAAUGGAAUGACUGAUGUUCCAUCAAAAUGGAGGAUGUGUGAAGUGGCACCCAAUUCAACUCCUCAUUGUGCAACACAAAAGCUCAUUGGUGCGCGGUCUUUCAAUAAAGGUCUGAUAGCCCACAAUCCGAAUAUCACCAUCUCAAUGAAUUCUACGCGCGACACAGAAGGACACGGGACCCACACUUCAACAACUGCUGCUGGAACUUAUGUGCAAGAUGCAUCAUACUUUGGCUAUGCCAUGGGAACUGCUAGAGGAAUGGCCCCAGGGGCUCGGGUGGCCAUGUACAAAGCCCUCUGGGAAGAAGGAGCUUACACAACAGAUAUAAUUGCUGCAAUUGAUCAGGCAAUUACUGACGGUGUUGAUGUUCUUUCCAUGUCAUUGGGCUUGGAUGAGCUUGAAUUGUAUGAAGACCCUAUUGCAAUAGCCACAUUUGCAGCCAUAGAGAAGAAUAUAUUCGUUUCAACAUCUGCAGGAAAUGAAGGGCCAGAUGUGGAGACCCUACACAAUGGUACACCUUGUUUAACUGUCGCUGCUGGUACCAUGGAUCGAGAAUUUGGCGCAACUUUAACUCUUGGAACAAAGGGUUCCGUGGAUGGUUUGGCUCUAUUUCCAGGGAAUUUUUCUGCAAGCCAAUUCCCAAUUGUUUUCGACGCAUGUGAGAAAGCUAGUGAAUUGAAGAAACUUGGGCAAAAGAUUGUUGUGUGCCAAGAUCCAGGCAAGGAAGAUUCCCUCAAUGACCAGUUUAACAGCGUCCAAGUUGCAGGAAAUGCUGCUGGUGUCUUCAUAACGAAUAACAGUGACGUGGAAGUAUUCAUCCAGGGCCCAUUUCCAGCCAUGUUCUUGGAACAAAAAGAUGGUGAUACCGUUCUCGACUACAUUAAGAGCAACAUUGACCCAAAAGCCAGCAUUGAAUUUAAAAAAACGUUCCUGGGUACUAAACCUUCGCCAACUGUAACUAGCUAUACCUCUAGAGGGCCAUCCUACAGUUGUCCAUCUGUUUUGAAGCCUGACAUUAUGGCUCCUGGUGACUUAGUCCUAGCUGCAUGGCCUCCAAACCUUCGAGUGGCCCGUGUAAAUGAGGGCCUUGUGUUUAGUAACUUCAAUUUACUUUCGGGAACAUCCAUGGCAUGCCCCCAUGCGACCGGAAUAGCAGCACUUUUGAAAGGAGCAUAUCCUUAUUGGAGCCCCGCAGCCAUCAGAUCAGCCUUGAUGACCACAUCUGAUCCCAUUGAUAACACGGGCAGUCCUAUCAAGGAUACAGGUGACAAUCUCCGACCUGCCAGUCCUCUAGCCAUGGGAGCUGGUCAUAUCAAUCCCAACAAAGCGUUAGACCCCGGCCUCAUUUAUGAUGCUACCGUUGAAGAUUACGUGAAUCUUCUUUGCGCACUCAACUUCACCGCGGGACAAAUUAAAACCAUCACAAAAUCAUCAAACAACUGUUCGAACCCGUCUCUGGAUCUUAACUACCCUUCUUUUAUUGCGUUUUUCAAUGACAGGGACCCAAAACCAAAUUCUAAAACUGUGAAGGAAUUUCAAAGAACGGUGACUAAUGUCGGAGAAGGAAGCUCCACCUACAAAGCAACACUAACACCGAUCAAUGGAGUUAAGGUAACUGUCGAGCCAGACCAGUUGGUCUUCAAGGAAAAAAACGACAAGAAAAACUUCAAGCUGAGUGUAGAAGCUCCAAGUCAGCUGGAUGAGGCAGUGUCUUUCGGUUAUCUCACUUGGGAAGACAUAGGAGGUAAACACGUCGUCAGAAGUCCCAUAGUCGCCACAAGCUACAGCGUAGAAAAAUGACAAACUCAUCUUGUAGACAUGUGACCUUCAAGUUGCUACGCUGAAUAAAGAAAAUUACAUUAAACAAAGCAAAUGGUGUCUAAGCUUGCCAGUUGCAGUUGUUGCCUAAGGUUCUUUUAGCUUUACGGUCGCUAGCCAGUAAAUUUUACUGUCACAAACAUAUUUAAUGAAUAAAGUUGAAACAAUUUUAUAA